GUGGCUCGUGGCCAUACUCGGGCCGAGCGGAGGAGCGCGAUCCUCAGGUAUAAUGCAAGCAUCUAGCAGUAUUGCCGUGUUAGUGCAACACAACAACUGCCAGGACAGUGUUCUUCUCUCAAAGGCUGUUGGAGAGUCUCAUCUACAAAACCAUGACUAUGAAACAAAAUACAAAUGUGAUGGACGUCUUCUGAAACAGCUAGCAGUUCCUUCGUUUGUAGAUAGCGAAGUGUCCGUUUCAAAAAUGGAGCGAUCAAAUUCGUUAAUUCAGGUGAUUGAAAAGUUGAGUAAGAUAGUGGAGAAAGGAAGAUCAAAACAGUGUUCUAUAGCUGGUCAAAAGAGACCAUACGUAAAUGCUUCUGUUGAUGGGAAAAGUGUUGAUGGGAUUGAACAUAGUGACAACUGUGAUACAACAGCCAAGAAAUCGGUGGACACAAGCAUGGAUGCACUGAACAACGAGCCGUCUGUUAACCAAGUGUACUUUAUAACAGAAAGUCUGCCUGAGAGUUGCAAAAGACUGGAUGUGAGACCUCCUAACUCUGCAGCAACAACACAAAUUUCAAAAAACUUCUGCUGUCUCCUCUGUGAGUUUGUUAGUCCAGAGAAAGCUGUGUAUUAUGAACAUUUACGUGGUCAUGGCAGCACAGAAAUCUAUACAUGCGAAAGCUGUAACUUUGCUACCACAAUAUCUAAAGACCUUGUAACUCACAAAGAUUUGCACAAGAAACUCACCCGGUACCAGUGCAAUUUGUGUAAGUUUAGUUCCCUGACUUUUCUACAAUUAAAGGAGCACUUUGAACAGCACGGCAAUUCAGAUGAAGUGGUGUUGAUGUGUUCUGAGUGUUGUUUCAUUUCCAAAAGGCAAGAGGAACUUGAAGCUCAUAUUUGGGUACAUCUUGAGGAAGCAGAGAUGCAGAGAAAACAGCUGCUGCCACAGAUACAGCAGCAAUUACGAUCAAAUGCCAUUGGCAGCAUAGAUAGCAAUGACCCAAAAUCCAGACAUGUUGGAUUGAGCAUUGAACCAGGCCCAAGAAAGUGGUAUACAUUUGACCAGCAUGGGAUGUAUAGGUGUUUGAUUUGCAGUUAUGCCUGUGAUCGCCAGCGAAUGUUAAAAACGCAUGCAUGGAAACAUGCUGGUGAAGUUGAUUGUUCAUAUCCAAUCUUUGAAGAGGAAUGUGAGUCUGCUGUCUCAGGACUCUCAACUACAGGCCACACAUCCCAUGAGGAUGAGCCAAUAAUUGUUCUUUCGCCAACAGACAAACCAGAGAAUGUACAUUGCGCCGGGCUUAAUCAAUUUCAGUUCUGUACUGUGGCUCCAGUUAUGAUAGCAGACUCGCUUGAUUGCAAAUCUUUCCCUUCUGAUGGUGCUGUAAAAGAUUCUGGCAUUGACAACUCAAAAGCACCCACCCUUACAGUUGAAGAAAUUCUAGUGGGAGAGCCUCUGUUAUUGGAUUGUGAACAGGAAAGUACAAUUUCCGAUAGCCUUCUUUCCUCUGCACAGAAAAUCAUUAACUGCAGUUCCAACAAGGCAGGGCACGUCAACGUUAUAGUGGAGCGUGUCCCGGGAGCUGGAGAUACUGUCCCAGAAAAACACUUUCUGAUCAAGCCAGAUAUUGAAGUUGAGAAGAGACUUAUCUCUGAAAAGUCUUGCAUGGUCUUUUACGAGGAUUCUGUCAAAACGUAUCAAGAAGAUGUCAGGGCAGCCAAAGUAGAAGCAGCUGUCCUGCAAUGGAAUGAUGAGGAAAAUAAUAACGAUGGCUUAAAAUCUGCUAACCUUGCCGCAGUCGAUGAAAACGUUCCACCGGUGCGAAGGAGAACCAAUUCUGAAUCUUUGCGGCUUCAUUCAUUGGCUGCUGAAGUUCUGGUUGCACUACCAACAAGAGCGCCCGAAUUAACUAGACCCAGCACAAGAAUUCCUGAGCCAGAUGCAGGGCAGAGGAAUUUGGAAGCUGGCACUUCUAUUCCACCAAGUCAGGGCUAUUCCGGGAAUGCAGCAAAUGUUGGCUUGGAACUUGAAAAGGCUAAAUCUGGCUUCUCGGAAGUACCAGUCAAAAUGGGCAUCAGCAUGUCCCUACUCACUGUAAUUGAAAAAUUGCGGGAACGAACUGAUCAAAAUGCCUCCGAUGAAGAUAUCCUAAAGGAAUUACAGGAUAAUGCUCAAUGUCAACCUUCAAGUGAUCUGAGUUCACCAGCAAAUAAUCUGGUGGAGUACAUCCCCAACACAGAACGGCCUUAUUGUUGUCGCUUGUGUCAUUAUAGCAGUAGCAACAAAGGAUACAUCAAGCAGCACUUAAGAGUGCACCGGCAGAGGCAGCCUUACCAGUGCCCUAUCUGUGACCACAUUGCCGCAGACAGCAAUGGGCUCGAGAGCCAUAUGAUUAACCACUGCAAGACCAGGAUGUACCAUUGCAAGCAAUGUAACGAAACCUUUUAUUACAAGAGUCAACUACGGAACCAUGAGCGUGAACAGCACAGUUUCUCCGACAUCUCAACAGCGGAAACAAAUGAUGAAAAUGCUGAUGGAACGAGAGGAAGUGAAUCCAGGAGCACACAAGAGGGAAUACUAUUAACAGGUCAGAAAUUGUACAAAUGUGAUGUCUGUGACUACACUAGUUCGACAUAUGUUGGUGUAAGAAACCACCGGAGAAUCCACAGUUCUGAUAAACCUUACAGAUGCAGUAACUGUGACUUUGCCACGACAAAUAUGAACAGCUUAAAGUGUCACAUGAGGCGUCACCCACAGGAACAGCAAGCAGUUCAGCUUCUGGAUCAAUACAGGUGCUCUCUAUGUGGUUAUGUGUGUAGCCAUCCUCCAUCUUUGAAGUCCCAUAUGUGGAAACAUGCAAGUGACCAAAAUUAUAAUUAUGAACAGGUGAAUAAGGCCAUAAAUGAAGCCAUUUCCCAAAGCAGCAGGUAUCAGGAGCCUCAAAGGAAAUCUGUAGUUGAGGAUGUUGAAGAAACGGCUUCUCCGCCACCUGUUCUUCCUCUUUCUCAAAGUUCUGAGAAACUUGUGUCAACUCCAGAAACAGUAGGCCACAUUACUGAUGAAGCUAAAAGCCUUGAAAAAUUUCAAAUCUUAAACCCAGAUAGAAAUGUUUCCAAUUCAUCAGGAAAAAGUGGAAGCCAGGCUCGAGCUGGCAUAGAGUACUGUGUCUUACUAUUCUGUUGCUGUAUAUGUGGAUUUGAAUCCACCAGUAAGGAGCUAUUGAUGGAUCACAUGAAAGAACAUGAGGGUGAGAUCAUUAACAUCAUUUUGAACAAGGAGCAUUGCUCCCAGACUGAGCAAUGCAGUACUGAUUAGAUCCAGCCUGCAAAGUAUAAUUUCAGAGUACAGUGUCUUGUUUUUGUGGAUAGUAAUAAACCACAGCUUGAAAAAGUGAAUAUCAACGGUUCAAAAAAAUUGACAGAACAAAUUUAAUUUAUUUAGCUGUUCUUUUAUUAUUGUUGCCAACAUUACACUAGUGAGGAUUUACCACAAGUAACAAUUUACCAAUACAUGACCAGAAGAAAUUAAGUCUCAUUAAUUAUUUUAGUUUUUAUUUCCUUCCUGUGGCUCUAAAUAUUAGUUUUGGGUAGGGAUGAUGUGUGUGUUUAUUUUUCUAUUUAUGCAUGUAGUUUUCUGCUGUUACCAGGAACAAGCUGUUACACGACAGUAAAGAAUACAGUACAGCUCAGGGUGCUAUUUUAUAAACUUGUCACUGAGCAUACUCAUUCAAACACAAGGAAAAGAGGCGAAUGUUGACUUGAAGGUCUGUCCUUGUUAAAUGGCAGCAUAAAUUUAGAAUUUGAACAAAGGCAAUCUUCAGAGCUUUGGGUGGUACUGCAAAUAUCCAAGGGAUUCUAUUCUAAAUCGACAAUGAUUAUUUUUUCACUUAUACCUUGGGUAGCAGACUCAUUAUCAACUGAUGAUAAUAUGCUUUAUCACAAAGAAAGGGGAGUGUAACACAUCCCUUACUUACUGAAAGCACACUUUUUAUAUUGUACAUAAAAGAUGAGCUUGUACUUGUUCUCUGGAACUUGAUUCUCGUACUGUUUUGUGAAUACCUUUAUUUCCUAAACAUUAUUGUUAGAAAUUAUAGAUGUACAAACUUCACACAUUUCAAAUCGGUGCAAAAGGAAAUUGAAAAUCUGUCCUUGUUCCAGCUGUAUUGUAGACUGACAUUUAGAAUUUUAUUUAAGGAGAUUGCACAUUUACUGUAACUUUUAUUUAAUAUCUAUUUUGAAGAUCUGGGAACAACCACAGAAGAGCUUUGAUGCUUCUCGUUGAAGAUCUCUAGGUGCCAACAUGUAAAGGGAGUAUAUACAUUUACAGUUGUGUAAUAAUAAUAUUUAUUAGCUAGUGAUUGAACACACAAAUGUAAUAAUCAUAAUAUUUAUUAUUAUUGUUUCAUUUGUGCAUUCAAUCACCAGUUAAUAAUUCACUAAAAGAUUAAUAACUAUAGAAGCAUCUGGUCCUUCAUAGAUUUAUCCUGGGCUUGGUGAUAGUAUGGUAUCUCGCAUCAAGAGAAUAUUGUUAGCAAGUUGAUUUAAUGGAAAUUAAAUAAAUCCAGCCUUAUGAAUUUAAAGGAGUUAUUUAAAACACGUCCUUUAUUAAAACUUGACUGAAAAGCUCAAAAUCUUGAAUAUAAAAUGUUGAUUUGUUGGUUAAAUGCUUUCCCCUUAUUUUUAUAUGGACUGCUGCACUGAAUGACCUGAUGAGUUAGAAAGGAGAGCUCCCCCAAAAUAUCUAGUCUUAAUUUAAAAGGCUAUUUUGUUUUAAGAUUUUAAGAUUAUGUACAAACUGUUUCUUAUUACUCUCUACCCAACCUGCGCUCCGCACCUCCUGAUCCCAGCCCUCGGCUCGGGUCCAAAUCCCUGACUAUCCGGUGC